AUGGAGUUAGGAAAAGCAAUUGAGGAGCAUAACAAUGUUGUCGUAAGAUUAGCAAAACAUGUCAUCGAUACCGUCGCUGCUGGCUCCAACCUCGUCUUCUCACCAAUGUCAAUCAAUGUUUUGCUCAGCAUCAUUGCCGCUGGUUCCAGUGCUGCCACCAGAGAACAAAUCCUCUCCUUCCUCAUGUCACCAUCAACAGAGCACCUCAACACAGUCUUGACAGAGAUAGUAUCUGUUGCCCUAGCCGAUGGCAGCGAGAGAAGUGAUUUGUGCUUAUCUGCGGCUAAUGGUGUCUGGGUUGACCAGUCUAUCUCCUUGAAGCCUUCCUUUAAAGAACUUCUUGAGAACUCCUACAAGGCUACUUGCAGCCAGGUUGACUUCUUUAACAAGCCUGGUGAAGUAAUUGAUGAAGUGAAUACAUGGGCUGAAGAUCACACCAAUGGACUCAUCAAAAAUAUUCUUUCAAAGAAUCUCAUUGAGGGUAUCCGUCAAAGCAAACUCAUACUUGCAAAUGCAGUGUACUUCAAAGGAGCUUGGAGCGAAAAAUUCGAGCCAGAGUUCACAAAAGAUAACGAUUUUCACCUUCUUGAUGGCACUUCUGUGAAAGUCCCCUUCAUGACCAGUUACAACGACCAAUACCUAAGACAGUAUGAUGGUUUCCAAGUUGUGCGCCUCCCUUAUGUAGAGGAUCAACGUCAAUUCUCCAUGUACAUUUAUCUUCCUGAUGUUAGAGACGGAUUGCCUACUCUGCUUGAGAAAAUAGGCUCUGAACCAGGGUUUCUUGAUAACCAUAUUCCAGACAACCAAAUAGAACUGGGUGUUCUUAGAAUUCCAAAGUUUAAGUUCAUUUUCGAGUUUGAAGCUUCUAGUGUUUUGAAGGACAUGGGGUUGACUUCACCGUUUGGAGGUGGUCAAAUUGAAAAGGUUGAUUCACCUACUAUUGGUGAGAAUUUGUAUGUUUCAAACAUUAUUCAUAAAGCUUGCAUUGAGGUGGAUGAAGAGGGAACUGAAGCUGCAGCGGUUUCUGUCGGCAUCAUGAUGCCCCUAUCCCUAUGUUUAAGUAUGAUGAAAUAUCCAGAUUUCGUAGCUGACCAUCCAUUUCUAUUUAUGGUGAGAGAAGACAAGAGUGGAGUGAUCUUGUUCAUGGGUCAAGUUCUUGAUCCUUCAAAACAUUGA